AUGGUGUCCAACCUUACCCGGAGCUGGCAGAAGUGGGUGUCCGAGAUCAAAGACAAGCUGGCCAAGGAGCCUAUCAGCUGGGCUCCUCACCCCUUAAGAGAGCUUUGGGACGAACCACCAAAGACACCAAGCACCACUAAAUUAGGAACCUGGCAGAAGAAGUCCCGGAUCAAGACCAAGCAGGUGGUGAAGACUGUGACCAGCGGCGUUCAGGAGAGGAGUGUGGGAACUACAUUUCUGACCGAGCUAAUUUGUAUGGAGGCUCCAUCGCCAGGGGAGGAGAUAGACAGGACACUGAGCAAGAGGGGGUCGCUCGCACUCCACAGAAAGUGCUCCAAAGUGUCGAAACUGACCCUCAGCUGGAAGCAGGAGAAGGAGCGGAAUACAGACAGCACUGGGUCAUCCAGGGAGGCCAUGCAGAGGGAUAGUGACAGCAUCUCACCUAAAGGGAAAGUUGAGUCAUGGGUGAAGGUCAAAAGACCCUCCAGCUCAGUGAGCAAAAAGGACUUGGAUGACGCCAACAAGAUCAACGCUCUCUCAAAGAAGUACAGUGCCGUGGGCAAUCUAAAAAGUCGCUGGCAGAACUGGUCCUCGACGAACACCGUCAACCAGAAGCUCAACCCCUUCAGUGAGGACUUUGACUAUGAAUACUCCAUGUCCCUACGCCUCCACAAAGGCGAGGAGGGUUACGGACGCCCCAAGGAGGACACCAAAACAGCCGAACGUCCCGAGCAACACAUCCACGGUGAGAAUGCCGACAUGUGCUAUGUGAUCAGGACUAUGAACGACCCAGAUCUGGAUUGGAAGACCCGCGUCACUUUCAGAGAACUGUUUGAUAGAUACGUACGCGUCUCUGACAAGGUGGUGGGGAUUCUUCUGAGAGCCAAGAGGCAUGGGAAGGUGGCGUUCGAAGAGGAGAUGCUGUGGCAAGGGCAGGAUGAUGGUGUUAUCAUCACCCUGUUGGUGUGA